ACAAUUAGAAUCAAGAAACAAACCAACGCUAGGAUUGGUAUUCAUUGGAGACGCGCCAUCACAUUUCGUGUUCUCGGGAAGUUGUUCCCUCUCAAAUUCAUUCAUCGAAGAAUACAUAAGAUGUAGGCUAAAAUUGGGGGAAUUAGGGUUGGAGAAAUUAGCAAUGGCUACUUUCAAGAAACAAUUGCCUUCCACCUCGAUCAUGACUGUGCUCUCUAUGGAUGGCCUUGGAUGAUUGAAGACCAUUAUAUCGCGGCUGAACCAUGGAGACUCAACUUCGACCUUUACUUCGACUCAAUUGAUAGGGCUUCUGUUUGGGUAAGACUUUCAUGCCUUCCUUUAGCUUACUUUAAUGAAAGAAUCUUAAACGACAUUGGGGAUAAGCUAGGUCGAGUGGAGAAGAUUGACUAUAACAUGACAAAUGGUUUUAGAGGCAAUUACGUACGAAUUUGUGUGGAGAUUGAUCUUAAGAAGAGACUCAUUUCAAAAUAUAGAAUCAAAAGAAGGGUAAGAAGAGUGGAAUAUGAGGGUAUACACACUAUGUGUUUUCUCUAUGGCUACUAUGGACACCUUGAGGAGAACUGCCCCUGUCAUCUACAAAGAGUCAAACGACACCAGAGGAGAAGUUGAAAGAAAGAGAAAAUUCCACACUUAAGCAAGAAAUCAGACCGGAGAAACUACAAGAUUUUGAUCCUUAGAUGCUUGCAACAAAACCAAAAAGGAAAACCCAUCAACGAAAAGUGAAGAAAGUGGGGGUUGAAGAUAACACCAAGGUGACAUCGGGGGCAAACACUGAAUCGGGUUCAAGGUUGGUUGUGUUGGCCUCAUAUGAAGCUAUGGACGAUGGCAUGGAUGUGGAGAAUGUUGAGGAAUUUCACGUUGAGAUGGUGACUGAAGCUAUAGGCGAGAAUAUCGAGUAAAAAGCAAAGGGCAUGAGAAGAAAUCACAAGAAACUACAAAUGAGGGGAUAAUGAAAAGAAAAAAAGAGUUGUAGAAAGCAAACAACCGUCUAUCUCACUAUACAAAAAGGAACCCCAUAACAUCUCACCUUUUAUAUCCAAACAAGUCAAGACUAAUGAGUCCAAAGGGAAAGCCCUAGUUUCCUCGGCUAAAGACCCAUUUCUCUCCUACCCCAUUGCUAGAGGUAAUGCUCAAGGAAGAGGGGGCCUUGACAAGCAUCAAAGAGGAAACAACUCAUCCUUCACCUCACAUAAAAUCAUUAAACAAGGAAAGGCAAGUUAUUUUUGAGGGAAGGACAAAGCAGCUCCUCCUUCUCAGCCUAAGGAAGUUAUCCUCCAAGGGGUCAACUCCUUGGUGAAAAAGAAACCUCCUGAUUUGUUGGAGUUGAAGAAGCUAGAUUUUUAUGCUAGCUGCAAGGGAAGGAAGUCUCAGCUAGAAAGUUAUGAGACUGCUCCAGCUGGUGGGACAAUAAUGGGUGAGACAGUCCUUGGGUCUCAGCAGGGAAGACUUUUCUUCUAUGAUUGGUGUCCUUCCUGGAAUUGCGGGGGUGAAAAACACCCCAGUUCAAAUCUUUUUGUGAUUUGUAUAAAGCUGAACAUUCCUCGAAGGUGGUCUGUAUUUGGAACCUCGUAUUUGCGAUGAUAAGGCCAAGAUUGUGAUUAAAUCUCUUGGCUUUGACUCGUCUGAAGUCUAUGAAGCGGUGAGAUUUAAAGGAGGCAUAUGGGUGUUAUGGGACAUCAAGUCUGUGUAGCUCCACCUCAAGGAAAAGAGUAAUCAAUUCAUCCACAUGUCCUACAACAUUGAUGGGAAAGAGGUUGGGUUCUUGACUACAGUUUAAGCUAGCCCUAACUACCAUGAAAUAAGUUAUCUCUAGACUUCGAUAAAGAGCAUAGCUAGAAGGAUGGACAAGCCAUGGAUGCUUCUUGGCAAGUUUAACUUGAUCACAUUCCCGUCGGAGAAGUAAGGUGGUGCUGCUUUCAAUCCUACUCGUGUGGAAGCUUUCAACGAUUGCAUCAAGGAUUGCAGUCUGGUGGAUAUUGGUUUCAUUGGACCAAAAUUUACUUGGGCCAAAAUCUAUGGGUUAAAAGAAAGACUCGAAAGAUGUAUCUUUAAAGCAUAUUGGAUUUAUAAGUUCCCGGAUACUAUGAAUUACCACCUUACUAAGAUCAAGUCCGACCACCGGCCAUUUAUGGUUUGUGAGGGUAGACCUCAGCAGAAAACCCCCUUGGUGAGAAGAUUUCAUUUUCUCACUCCUUAGCUGGCUCAUGAUGGUUUCCAUAAUUGUGUUUCCUCUUUGUGGAACUACGCCUCUAGUUUUUGCCUUGUUUGCAGGAACUGAUCGGGAAGCAGUUGUGGAGCUAGGGGUGUUUGGCUCCGUCACGGGGCACAAGUAAAUUUUGGUAAAAUGAUUAUAAAUCCCUAUGUAUGAAAAUGAAGAGGAUUGAACUCACCGAUUUAAAAUAACGUAAAUGUAUUUUAUCACUAUACUAAAGCCCACUUACUGUUAUUUGAUUGUCAUAAUUUAAUUUCAUAUACUAUAAAUGAAAUCUCCAAUCUAAAAUGUAUAUUAUGAAAAAAAGACACACCUAAUUUUUGGAUCUGGCUCCGCCACUGCCGGGAAGCUCUAGGAAUGGAACAAGAAGAUCUUCGACAAUAUUUCCAUUAGGAAAAGAAAGCUUCUCGAGUGGCUUGGCAAGCUGGAGAGAUGUUGAACGAAAGAGCACCAUCAAGUCACUCUCGAGCUUAGGAAAGAGUCACUAGGGAAGAUCUUGAACAUACACCUUGUCAAAAAGAGCUUCUUUGGCGUCAUAAAUCGAGGACCAAUUGGGUACUUUUUGGAGAUGGCAACACAAAGUUCUUCCAUACAAGCACACUCACAAGAAGGAAAAAGGAAUCAGGUCACCAAGCUCAAAAAUGAAGAAGGCCUUUGGAUUAUUGACCCGGAAGAGCUCAUUAUCCACUCAAGAGAGUACUAUGUCAAUCUUUUCACUAAAAAGGAUCUGGAUUUCUGUAAUUCCCUUGCUGCUGACUUUCCAAUGGUUGAGGUUUCUGGACUGGCCCGGGUGGAAUCUUUAUCUAUGCUUGACGAAAUCGGAGGGAUUAUCAUGACAAUGGGAGGAAAGAAAGCCCGGGGACCUGAUGGUUUUCAUGAUAUCUUCUUUCAAAAGUUGUGGGAUGUUUUGGGAUCUAACUUUUCUAAUUUUUUUAGUUCUUGUUUCAGGAACCCAGAGCUCAUUGGUGCUAUUAACUCUAUAGCAUUGGCUUUGAUCACUAAAAUAGAGUGCCAUGUGUCCAUGGCUCAAUUCAGGCCAAUUAGUUUGUGUAACGUGGGGUAUAAACCGAUUGCCAAGUGCAUCGCUAAUAGGUUGAAAAGUCUGAUGCCUCACCUUAUUCAUCCUAAUCAAACUAGUCCACACGAUGUCUCUAAAAUAGGCACAUCACUGAUAAUAUAUUGAUUUUAUAGGAAACUGUCCACACGAUGUCUCUAAAAUCGAGAAAGAAAGAUCGCAUUAUCCUCAAAGUGCACCUUGCCAAAGCUUAUGACUACAUCGAUUGGGAGUUCCUUGAAGAAACACUGUGAUUCGCCCACCUUCCUAAAGACAACAUUCGUUUGAUCAUGGGAUGUGUCACAACUAAAGAGCUUCAUGUCCUUUGGAAUGGAUGCACCACAUAUGUGUUCAAAUCGAGUCGAGGCUUCCGUCAGGGAUGUCUCUUAUAUCCUUACCUCUUUACUUUAUGCAUUGAAAGACUUAUCCAUUGCAUUCGUAGGGAGGUGCUGGAUCAUAUAGUUGGGAACCAAUGUUGUUGUCUAAGAGGGGGCCUACCCUGUCUCACUUGUUCUUUGCCGAUAAUUUGGUGUUGUUUGCUGAAGUUUCUCUCCCUCAAGCUAAUGUGAUUAUGAAUGUCUUGAUAAAUUUUGUUAUGCUUCUAGGGAGAUGAUCAGUAAAGUUAAAUCUAGGGUCUUUUCUCUAGAAAUGUGUCUGGUAAGCAUCGGAAGGAUAUUUGUACUUGUCUAGGGAUCCAAGCUACCAUGGACCUUGGUUAUUACCUUGGUGUGCUUGUGUUAUAUGGUAGACUGACCCCUAAUACAUAUAAGUAUAUUUUGGAGAAAUUGGUUGUUAUGGUACUAUACACUUCGGUGAUUCUAGCAGAGGAUAAAGCUCUUCUACUAGCAUCAAAUCUUGACAAGGCUCACACGGUGGCAUUCACUAGCUGCAUGAAUCUAGUUAAUACUCUAGAGUAUCAUCGAUUCAAUUGGUUUUGGGAUGUACCAUAUGGACCUGUUGUAUGAUAGACCUCCUUGUUCAAUGCGACUACACCAAUUUUUUUUUGUCUUUCAUUUCUCGUCAUUUUCAAACGAGCUAGAUUGUAAUAGAUAUGGUUCCAAAAAACCUAUACUAUAAUCGAAUUCAGAUUCUCAAUAUCACCUCAACAAUAGGUAAAAAGUUAACUACACAAGACAUUAUUUAAGAAAAUGAUAUCACUAUAACUACUACGUGAUAUGUUCAAAACAAAUUAAAUGAGUUUAUGAACAAAAAAAUAAUCACACAUUUCAAUAUGUAGCACAAUUUUCAAUAAAUUCAUAAAUGGAGAAUGAAUGACCGUCUAUUAUCGUUUGGAAAAACAAAUUAUUGUAUAACCAAAGAACCCUUGAACAUAAUUAUUGAAAAAUCUGUAUAAUUUGUUUUAAAGUAUAGAGAUUGUAAAACAAAUAUGAAAGAUAACAUAAUUAAAAUUUUGUUAUUGAUCAAAUUCAUAUGAAAAGAGCGAUUAAAUUCCGAACAAAAAAUUAUUUACACAUUUCAAUUUUUAACAUAUUUUUUAAAAUAUUUUAUAGUUGAAAAAUGAAUGUCUAUAAGUAUUAUUGUAUAAAAAUAAUUAAUUAUAUUACCAAAUCAACCCUCUAAACAUCAGGGUUUUGAAGUUAAUAAUUAUUGGCUUUUUAUUUUUUUUGAACUGGUUAAUAAUUAUUGGCUUAGUUCAAUAUCGUAACGGAAAAAAGAACAUUGAAUUUAAUAUGAAAAUGACAAAAAGAAAACUGAUUACGUAUACCUCAAAUUUGGAAGAGAACAAACUCUACCAGGGACGGGUUAGUAUGCUAACCCCUUAAGGGGUUGGUUUUUUGACACCCCCUUUAAUUGGUCAAUUUUUCAUUAAUUAUUGACCAGUAUUAAUGAAAUUAAAUAUAAUAAAUGUUCUGUUAUUAAAUACAAAGUAAGCAUUAAAUACACUACAUUAAUUACCACUUUACUGGUAUUUGUACCACUGCACUGAUACUCAGAUAUGACAUUGCUACCAGUGCACUGAUAUCGCUACCAGUGCAGUGGUAUAUCUACCAGUACAGUGGUACAACGUAUCAGUGCAGUAGUAUAUCUACUAGUACAGUGGUAUACCGUAUCAGUGCAGUGGUAUAUUUUUUGGAGGUGGUCGGAGGGAGUCUGCCGAUGGGAUUUUCACCGGAGAAGUGUGGCGGUCGGAGGAAGUCUGGUGGUCGGAGACUGCUGAAAAAGGAAAAAUCAAAUAUAGUGAGAGAAUUCCU